GCGGAGUGGAGCUGAGUUAGCGUCGCAGACCGGCUGCUGUUGGGCUGAGGCCCGCGUUCGGGGCGCCCUCUAGCGCGUCCUUUCCACUCAGCGGCCACUCGGGUUCCGUAAGAUUUGUUUAACUUCUGAGGGAAAAAAACCCCAAAAACAACAACAAGCUAACUGAGUGGUCAGUAGCAACUCAAUGGACCCGGCCCUGGAGAGCAGUGAGUUUGUGAACAGGAUGUGGGUCCAGUGUGAGAAUGAAGGCUGCUUGAAAUGGAGGAUGCUGUCUGCUGAGGCUGCGGCCAGGGUGGAGCACAGUGAACCCUGGUACUGCUUCAUGAACACUGACUCCAGCUACAACAGCUGCUCGGUUUCUGAGGAGGAUUUUCCUGCAGAGUCUCAGUUCCUGGAAAGCGGGUAUAAGAUUGUCUAUUCACAGCUUCCUCUUGGAAGCCUGGUGUUGGUAAAAUUACAGAAUUGGCCAAGUUGGCCAGGAAUACUUUGUCCUGAUCCUUUCAAAGGGAAAUAUGUGACCUAUGACCAGGAUGGAAAUGUUGAAAAGUAUCACAUAGAAUUUCUGGGUGACCCCCACUCAACAGCAUGGAUAAGUGCAACAUUUGUUGGACUUUACAGUCUCACAUUAAAGAUGGCAGAAUGUACACAUAGGAAGAGGUGGUAUAGAAGUGCCCUUGAGGAGGCGUACCAGCUCUACAGGCAUUCUCCUGAGCAAAGACUAGAGGUGUGCUGCCUAUCAAAACGGGAUAGAGCCAAAGCAGGUGCUAAAGCUGCUGUGGUGGCCAAGAAAAGGAUUCAAGUUUCCAAAAAUAAUACUGAAAAAUAUUAUUCCAAAAAUAAUAAGAAAAAGCCCAAGGUUAGAAAGAGGAAAAGGAAUGCUGCUUUAAAAUGUUCUGUUGAAAAUGUUUGCUCUGAUGAAGCCUUAUCAAAGGAAAACAUGGUUGUCUCUGAGACGGAAUGUUUACUGAAAGAACUGGAAAAAAUGCUGCAGCAAGUACAAGAGCCCACAGCAAGAGCUGAAGAACCAGGGCGAGAACAGUUGUCUCAAUGCAGCCUGGAAGCUCCCACAGGCAGUCCAUUUCAGAGCUACCAUGAAGAAGACUGUAUUCAGAGCUACCAUGAGACAGGACUAAAAGCUGGAGAAUGUAUUGAGAACAUAACUAACAAUUUAAAAAAGAUAGAUGCCCUAAUAUCUGAAUUUUAGGAUGUUGCUCAAGUAUUUCCAAAAGUUAAUUAUAAAAACACUAGCAAUCUUUAUAUUUUCCUGUCAAACAUUAGUGAAAGAGGCAUAAAAAUUGACAUUUGUUAUAAAUUUAUACUUUGUGAAUGCCCAUGGCUUUGGGAGCCUAUCAAGUGACAUUUAAGUUAGGGUGUUAGAAUUGUAGAAUUUUAAAGUCUUGAUUUUUGUAUUGUAGACUUUUUUGUUUGCUUGAUUUUUAGAAUUCUUUAUGAAACUUAUCUCAUAAACAGGUGCUGUACAAUAAAUGUUUAGGCCCUUCUUCCAAUGUGACUAUUAAAAUGGCUGCCUGUUCUGUUACCAGUCUCAGAGAGAACUCAAAUGUAACACACGUGUAAAGUGUUUUUGUAGUUGUCUGGAAUAUUUUAAGUUAUAAGGAAAUAUUUAAAAAAUAGUCAUAUAAUAAAGUUUGAGAAUUCUUAAAAGACAAAAAUGUCAGUUGUCUCAUUGUAUUAGAAACAGGUAUUAUUAUUCAACAUGGUUCCCAAACAGCAGCAUCUCUGGAUCUUUGGAAUAUUAGAGUCCUGGACACUUCCCUAUUGGCUCAGUAUCUCUAUAGGUGAGGUUGGAGCAUGUAACUCAAAGUACAGCAAGAGAAGUUAAAGUUCUUCUGUAUGAAAUACCCAUAGAGUAUAGAUGCUAUAGAGGAGUAAAAUAUGCAUCAUUCCUCAAGGAUAGGAUCCCAAGAACAGUUUUCAGUGGCUGGCUGUAUUUGAAGAUAAAAUGGUGGGCCACCUGAGAAGAGAAAAGCUACAGAGCAACACAGAGGUGGGUGUUAGAAAUGUAAUGUAGGUUCACAGAAAAGAGCUGACACAAAAUUACCCUCAGAAUGAGCUUUGUUAAGAGAGAGCCUCAAACCAUGGGCAACCAUGAGCAGGCCUUGAAGAGGGAGAGUACUGGGAAAGUGGCUGCAUGGUCACACAAUAAACUCUGAAAGGACAGACAGACAGACCCAUCAGGACCAGAGGACACAGCUUCUGCCUCAUAGAUACUGAGACAGGUGGGUAGGCUUCACCCUGUGGUUCUGUCUGACCUGUCCUGCAUGGGACAGACCAGGAAGCUCUGAUAAAGACUAGCUGUGACUUAAGGUUGUCCCUGCUCUAGGAAGUGGGAGCUGAGCCUGCUCUCUGCUGCUAGUGGGAGGGAGACUACAAGGCCACAGCACAGCCUGCCUUGUUCUCAACUCUUCUAGAGAGAACUGCAGGGAGGGUGUGGCCUGACUCUGAGACAGAAAAGGAAGUGCUGAAGGGAGAGAAAUGGGAGCAGGUAAGUAACCUUAGUAAGUGGAGGGCCAUGGCGGGGGUGUGGGGGUGGGGAUGAAGGGAGUUAAGGCUGGACAAAGCAGGCAAGAUUUGUUCAAGGAAGACCUUGACAUCACAGCAAAGGGAAGCACUCUAUGUGCAGGAGAUUCAGUAUGUGUAGAGUUAAACACCCAAGCUGACUUGGAAUCAGAUCGUUCUGAGACUGGCAUGCAUGAGAGGGCAGCAGACAGACAUUACUGUGCCAGCCUGUGCCCCUGUGUCUCAGGGAAUCAUUGCCCUGAUGUUACCUCAGAUUGUCAGCUUCCACAUCAAGAGCCUUAGGGUUGCCAGCAGGCAGCCAGAACUGGCAGGUUAGGUGUCUGCACAAAGUCUUAUUAAACUCUCAGCUGCCUGGGAAUAAUGUACCACAGCAGCAAAGUUUUAAAUGGCAAAAGGUCUCUGCAUGUCAGGGAUGUUACAGAUAGAUACUUUCAUUUGUCCUCCAUGAAAGCUUAAUAUCAUUUCCAUCUGUUCAAGUCAACUUAUAGACCUCAUUACUUCAAGUUCAUCGGGUGGCUGGAGCAGCUUCCUUUAUUCUAUCUGCUCUCAGAAUCCUGUUGGUGAGGAGCUAAUGCAUUUUUAACCAGCUCAAGCAACUGAAAGGCCUGGUCUGUAGUACAUUCAGACAGCUGCUGCUAACUGUCUGAGAGCAAUGGCUAUGGCAGGAAACCCCAUUCUUUGUGUAGGUUCCUAGAGGUGAGGGCUAUAUGUGUUUCCACUUUAUGACCUCCCUGCCUAGGCUAUAGCAAAGUCCCUGGCUUGCAUGUUGACAGUUAUCACUUUCAUCUUGAUUUGACAUUUUCUGACAAUUUAGCAGGAACAUUGGCACUUUGUGUACUUCCAUCACCUUGAGUGUGAACCUGUGGUGUUUGUUUGGCCAAUUUCAGUGAGUCUCACUUAUGUCUGUGAUCAGCUUCAAAUCUGCUUGGCCAUGGCUCCAUUGAUCUUUCUAGGCUCCCUCACUUGUCUGGAAAGCAGGCAGAUUCUUGGUGACCUAGAGCAUCCUACGUGGGGAAGUCUGAAUUUGACUCAGCUUCAUGUUUCACUUUUCCUUUUGACCUAGACUAGCCCAGGCUUGUCCUCAUGGAGGCAUCAGAGCAACCAGAGCAAGAACGAGCCUCACUGUGAGACAGCUGAUAAGAUAUUAACAGGCUUGGAGGACAGAGGGUAGACCCCUUUCCCUCAUAACAUGCAGGAUGUAUAAAGCCAAGGGCUGGAACAGCAGAGUUCUAAUUGCUGUCUUGGGCCCUGGGAGGAGGUGUGACAUUCUCAGCUGCCCAGAAGGUCAUUAAUAGAUAACUAAA